GCACAGGCAGCUCUUCGAAAAAUGCAAAGGGAAGCUGAAGAUCCUGACAAAGAGAUGCGGGAAGAGUUGCAGGAGGAAGAGCAUACAAAGAAGACCAAGAAAGACAAAACCAAGGAGAAGAAGGCAUGUCGAAAGGGUGGAAAGGGCAAAGGCCGAGGACGUGGAAGGGGAAAGGGAGCAAAGACUGAAAAGAAAAAGGAUCCGGAUAUGCCUGAGAGUGGGAGGGAGAAACCGGAUGAUGAGAACCUUCCCGAUCCGCAAAUGCUGGGAACAACUGAAGUGGCAGAACCUUCCUCGUCAACAAAGAAGAGAAGGACACUUGGGAGGAAGAACUCAAAAUUGAAAAGACUGCGAGUUCUAUCUCCAUCGAGCUCGGCCAAGAAGAAGCGCAAGACAGAUCGUGAUCCUGAAGCGCCGGCAAAACCACAUGAGCAUGAUGUUGUGGAGGUGAUUGACGACGAUGAAGAACCAGCCCGUGUUAGUGAUGAGAGGUCAGGGCCUACUGAUGGUGAUCAGAUUCCCAACUCUAAGAAGACAGAAGAAAAGAAGAAGAAGAAGCGUCGUAAGAAUGGAAAGAAGGGAAAGAAGAAGGCUUUGAAGAAGAAAACGCCCAAAGAGAGGAAAGCAGCCGAUCCAAAGAAAGAAGUGAAAGAAGGUGAGGUGAAAGAAGGUGAGGACAAUAGCAAAACAAAGAGGAAUACCAAGAAAACCAGUAAGGAGACUGAGGAGGAAAAGAAACAACGGGAACUUGAAGACAAGGACAUCAAUACUGCCUUGGAUCCCAUGUAUGAUGCCCUCAUGCAUGCAUAA